UGCGCCACCGCACCGCACGCGGCCUGCGCCUCGCGCCACCGAGAACGUGCUCCGCGUGAUGGCUUUCGCACCUGGGAGACGUGAGUCAGCAGCAGCCUUUUGAUCAGUGUCUCCCCCUCGGACUGCUACAGCGUUCCUUCGCACACCCGUCCUGUGGGAAACCCUCACGUUCAGGAGCAGCAACGUUAAGCAACAGGAAGGGCAGCUGUCUUUGAAGAGAAAAUGAAAGCCUUCAGUUUAUAUUGUUUUACUGCAGUGAAGCAUUUGGUCCUUAAUUGCAGUGCCCCCCAACCCCCCCUUUGAAGAUUGUGUAUCACUUCUUCUUCUUAUACAUCUAAAAAGUCCAAUUCUGACCAUCAGUCCAUGAUAAAUUCUCAAAUGACGUGUUAAUUACCUGUUGCUUAUCUUGGGAAAUAUGCCACACACAGAUACACGCCCUAUGAGUUAUUGACAUGUCGUCCAUUGUUGUGCUGGGAGUCCCCCCGGUCAGAGUGUGGGAACCCCAGCCCUGCCUGAGCCACAUGGCUUUGUUAUGCUAAUCUCCCAGUAUAAAUUGAGGAGUGGCUCCUCCAGAGACAUCAGAGCUUACAGUGCCGUCCAGAAGUAGCUGCUCACUUCACCUGCACAGACAUGGCUCCCUGCUCCACCAACUACUCCUCUAUUCACCACAUCAGGAUCUCUGAGAGAGACAACAUCAAAUUGAGAAAACCUAUUGUGGAGAAAAUGCGCAGAGACCGCAUCAACAGCUGCAUCGAGCAGCUCAAGAUCAUCCUGGAGAAAGAGUUCCACAAGCAGGAGCCCAACUCCAAGCUGGAGAAAGCCGACAUCCUGGAGAUGACCGUGAGCUUCCUGAGGCAGCAGUUGCAGCCGGGCCUCUGUCGGAGCGACUAUAGCCAAGGCUACUCUCACUGCUGGAGGGACUCUCUGCACUUCCUCUCUGCCGGCUCCAGCAAAGAGGCCUCUUUCACCUCUCCGCAGGGCCUCCAGCAGAAGGAGCGGCACGAGCAGCCGCUCCAUCAGGCCCAGAGAGGCAGCAGCUUCUCGCCAGUCUGCUCCACCCUCAGGCCCACCACGCUGCAGGACAGCAGCAGCAGCAGCAGCAGAGGCCCCGUGUGGAGGCCUUGGUAG